AUGCCUUGCUCGGCGGUAACUUUGUCUAUAGCGACUAUUACAGCUAUCGUGGCUGCUGCCUUAAUGGCAAUAGCGUUUUCAACAGAUAACUGGUUGUACGUGGAAGUAAGACGCAGUAAUAUACAGACGUACGUGACGGAGAACACCGCAGAUAUCAACUCUAAAGCAAUCCUUGAGAGCCUGAACAGCAAGUACUAUUUCUACACGAGGACGCGUGGCUUGUUCCGAAUCUGUUAUCCCAAGGAGCGACCUCCUUCCGUUAACAUUCCUGGUUACGGAAGUAACUACGGAAUGUAUUAUGGUGUAUAUGUUAAUAAAAGUUAA